AUGCUGAGAGCUUCCGAGACAUUGCCACUCAUUGGUCUAUGACUCUCCCCCUUCGCGUCAAGGACGAGGAACCGGACAAAUGUCUUCACUCCCUUGCUCAGCAGCGCAAAUGGUGUGCGGAGAAGAGGGAAGAGAAGGAAGCCGUAGGAGAUGACGGCAGGCCCAAUGCUCUCGGGAUCCCUCCACUUUGCUGUCACGAGGUUCCGAAUUUGCACCGCGUUGGAAGAGAGUCUCGUCGGCAGAUCAGGAAAUUAUGUGACCCCGUCUUCCUCCUCUUGCUCUUCUGUGCAGAGUAGAUCGUUUCCUCGGGGUCGGAGCUCUGUGACGGGACGCGACAGAAUCUCGACAGGAAGGAGCGGGCAAUUUCAUAACUCCACGAUGCGGCCAGAAUUCCGUAGUUACACGGCUGCCUGGCUGAGUGCCCGGAAUAAGGACUGUAAUGGCGUUGGAUCGAUGGAGUCUCGUGCCUUUGCGGUGGAGGGGGAGUCAUCUUCAGCUUCUGCUCCUCCUCCUGCUCCGCCCUAUUUUGAUUUGAAGGCACAUAUGUCAGCAAUCGCUGAGGCCGUGAACAGGGAGCUGGACGUGUUGGUUCCCGUGAGAUAUCCGGAGAAAAUCCACGAGGCUAUGCGAUACUCGCUGCUGUCUCCGGGCAAGAGAGUGCUCCCGUUGAUGUGCAUCAGCGCGUGCGAGCUGGUGGGUGGCUCGCAGGACGUCGCCUUGCCUGCUGCUUGUGGCCUGGAGAUGAUUCACGCCAUGUCCUUGAUCCAUGACGACCUUCCGUGCAUGGACAACGACGAUCUGCGGAGGGGCAAGCCCACGAACCAUAAAGUAUUUGGCGAGGACAUGGCAGUUCUUGCCGGGGAUGCUUUACUGACCUUGGCGUUUGAGUGUAUGACCAAAACGCCGAGCAGUGUUCCAGCCGGGCGGGUCGUGAGGUCCAUUGCCAUUCUCGGGAAGUCUCUUGGAGCUCAGGGAGUUGUCGCUGGGCAAAUUAUGGAUAUCGCUAGUGAAGGGGAUCCCGACGUCAGUCUGGAAACUUUGGAGUACAUUCAUGUUCAUAAGACAGGCGCGCUUGUGGAAUUUGCUGCUGCUUGUGGAGCCAUUCUCGGGGGUGGUUCGGAGGAAGAGAUUGCAAGUUUGAGUGAGUAUGGCCGGUGCCUAGGACUCCUUCACCAAGUAGUUGAUGACAUACUGGACGUCACGAAAAGUUCACAGCAGCUUGGGAAAACUGCUGGUAAAGAUGUGCUCGCAAAGAAGGCUACAUAUCCUAAGCUGCUUGGGUUGAAGGAGUCGCAAGAUUUUGCUCAGGAGCUUGCUCGGAGAGCAAAGAGCUUCCUCUCUUCGUUUGAUCCACAAAAAGCAGCUCCGCUUUACUCACUUGCGGAUUACAUCGCUAAUAGGCAAUCAUGAUUGUGCUUUGGGAAGAAAGUGGCAGCACUCUGAAUUGUUUGAGUGUCUUAUCGCAAGCAAGGACAUCAUCCUCUGGAAAUUCAGCCAUACAUUCGAAGGAGGAAUUGCUCAUAAAAUUCAUGGGGUUAUAAAACCAUUAGAACUAACUUUCGAGCGUUCCAAUUGAGAAAUGCUCGGCUCUUGUGUUCAGGAACGCGAUUGAUACGGAGUUGUCAUGUACUCCACUUUAACUGUAGUCACACAGAGUCACGGGUUUUUUUGCUUUAAUCAGUUGAAUAUCACAUGGACCAGCUCUGAGAUCGCAAGCAGAUCAGCUUUGCUAUCUCCUGGCCUGGUCAGAUCAUGCAAAGAAUCUAACUUCAUCUGAAUAUCAGACGACACGCAUAGUUAAAGCAGUUCCAAACCUUGUAUUUACCCUCCAAGUCCUGGUUGGUGACGCCAGAGUUGACGGGUGCACCUGAGAGCUGUAUGCCUACAUUCCUCACCAACUUACACUCCACGACUGAAGCUGCCAAGUCGCGUAGAUUCACUUGGCUACGGUUUAUAUCUCAUGCAGUGUAAAUCCAGCAGCAAGGACGGACCAGUUUUUAUCAGUAACUAGUCAUAGCAUUAAUCAAAAACAGAAGGCAAGGUAUGAGGGAAAGUGUAUGGUCUGUUAUAGCUGGUCAUACAAAAUCUCAACAUGCGAGAAAGAGUUACCACUUCUUUAGAGGGAGUUGUUUAGAAGGAUUUCUUCUGAC